AUGAUCUGUCCAACAUGUAUCGAGACCUUCCAGUUGGCUAUCGACAAAUUCAAGCCGGACGGGCUGAUCCGUUUCACUCACCAUCAUCGAACCGUCCACAGCUUCAGUGCUUCGGUAAAGCAGGAUUGCUAUUUGUGCACCCUGGUUUGGAAUACAUUGGAGGUAGUCCCGAACUGCUGGCCCACCUUCAAAAGUUCGUGGGACAAGUAUCAACCGUCUCUAGACGACGACGACUGCGACCUUGUCGUGACGUCGCUCGGUCUGAGGGGGCUUGGCUGGAAGGGGCAACCACAGAGCGAAUGCUACGACAUAAACAUACUUUGCCAUUUGCCAACACAGAGACGGGCCACCUACACUCCCACCACAGCCUCUCCCCUUUCCUUGCUUUUAGCCGGGUUAUGGUUGGAGGACUGUGUUGAAAAUCACGAAAGAUGUAAUUCGCGCCAAGAAGACACUGGCUGGCGUCCGACCCGUCUCCUAAGCAUCGAGCAAAACGAGCGCCUGGAGACAACAAUCCGUCUGAUCAACACCGCCCAGGAGAUGCCAACUAAUCCCUACGGGACAGUCACUCAUAGAUGGGGUUUUACGGAUGAGGAUAAAGAGCGUGUGAUCCUGACUCGAGCUACCUAUCCAACGUUAACCAAGGGAAUUUUGUUGGCAUCGAUGCCGCGCCUAUUCCAGGACAUCAUCACCUUCGCCCAUCAACUCGGAUUACGAUACAUAUGGAUCGAUGCUUUUUGUAUCCUCCAGGAUAAUGACAACAACGACUGGCAGCGAGAAUCCUCCCUGAUGCAGAAGGUCUAUACCAACUCUUACUGCAACCUAUCGGCCGCGGAUGCCACCAGCUGGUCCGAAUCUCUGGUAAAUGCACGAAACACGGGUCUCAUUGCGUCUCCAGUCAUUGAAUUAAAGCGCAGUCGCGAUGAUGGGACUCCGAUUUUUGCCCGCCAGCAAUAUCUGAUUUUCGAUCCAACCUUCUGGAGGCGAGAGGUUACCGAAGCACUGGUAAACACCAGAGGCUGGGUCCUCCAGGAGCGUCAACAACUAAUUGCGGCUGAAAUAUUUCCUGACGGGCUCCAUCCUCGAAUAAGUGAAGCCGGACGCACAAUGUAUAAAGAUAACGACCUAUUCUUCGACACCAAAUUCUCAUACACAGAGCAAAAAGGAGACGAGCUGAACCUAUACCACCUUUGGGCUCGCCUGGUCGAGUCCUACACAGCCUGCGAACUAACCUUCGAAAGCGACAAGCUUGUCGCCUGCUCCGGUCUGGCCAAGAUAAUACAAGCACGCAUUAACGACGAAUACGUUGCCGGCAUGUGGCGCAAGUACCUCGAACACGAGUUACUUUGGCAACCAAUCUUUCGCCAUUCUUCACAGCCAAGAUUUGCCUUUCUCCCAACUGUUAAGAAAAGUCAUCUUCCAAGUUGGACCUGGGCCUCAAUCGACCGCGCCUGCACGCGAGACCCAGUACGAUACUACGAAACCCUCCUCUACAAAGUCGAGAACGUAGACCUCACCUACGCAACCGGCGAUCCAACCGGCGACAUCCUCUCCGGCCGCAUCCGUCUCCGCGGCAUCCUCAUGCCCGCCAAACUCAUCAAAACAACACACGAACAGCCAGAGAUCUACUGGAAAGUCUGCAUCGAAGGCGUCGAGCUCGAGGGCGUCACCCGCUACGUCGAGCGCUUCAUUCUGGCUCGGGAGCCCUUCAAGGACGGCUUUCCCGUAGCCCUCAAUCAUUUUCAAGAAAACUUUGAGCGGGAAAAUGCCGCCCAACAAAUUUUCGCCAUGCCAGCUCUCAUGGCGAUUUUGCUGUUUCGAUUGCUGGACCCAAAAAGGGGCGUGUAUGAACGGCUGGGGAUUUUCAAGCGAUAUGAUGAGAAUUAUGUAAAUGGGGAGAGGAAGAAGGAGAGGGAGCGGGUGCCGUGUGUUGAGUUUAGCGAGGGGAUGCAUUCUUUUCUUGUGGUUUGA